UGGUCUCGUGGCGGCAGGUACAAGCUCCGGUCGGGAAAGCUUUGUUUUAAAAUAACUCAUUGGAAGACAGUUUUAUCGUGCUUAUUGACUGGAAGAGACUAAAGGAACACAUGGUGGAUUUUUCAAUGGGCACUGUGUGUGUGUGUGUGUGUGUGUGUGUGUGUGUGUGUGUGUGUGUGUGUGUGUGUGUGUGUGUGUGUGUGUGAGAGAGAGAGAGAGAGAGAGAGAGGAAUCCAUAUUUUAAGCAGUGAAUGUGGGAGCACCAGGAGUCAGCUGGGGGUGUGUAGCUGCUGAGUGGUGGGUAAAGUUUGUUUUACUUAAUUACUCCAUGUGACAUAGGUAGCUAAUUGUGUGUUCAUGCUUUUAUAUAGUGUUUGCCUUGAUGCUGAAGGUGCUGUGAAGGAGAUUGAGUUCUGGCCUUCACAUUUACUACUAAUUGAAAUUAAAAUAUUAUAGGAUUUCUCCUGAAAUCUAUGAAAGAGGUGAAACACAAGCGAUCCUGAGGAAUCUCCUGAACACGCAGAAAUUGUUUGAUACAUUUAACAGACAGAGGAACAGAGGAAAGACUCGACAUGGAGAAACAUCACCACUCUGUCAAGAGUUUUACUAAACAGAGUAAUCUCAAAAAAAAACAGUGCAUUCACACAGGAGAGAAACUGUAUCAGUGCUCAGCCUGUGGAAAGAGUUUUAAUCAACAGAGUCAUCUCAAAAAACACCAGCGCAUUCACACAGGAGAGAAACCGUAUUACUGCUCAGACUGUGGAAAGAGUUUUACUCAACAGAGUCAUCUCAAAAAACACCAGCGCAUUCACACAGGAGAGAAACCAUAUUGCUGCUUAGACUGUGGAAAGACUUUUACUGAAAAGAGUGCUCUCAAAAAACACCAGCACAUUCACACAGGAGAGAAACCGUAUCACUGCUCAGACUGUGGGAAGAGUUUUACUCAACAGAGUCAUCUCAAAAAACACCAGCGCAUUCACACAGGAGAGAAACCGUAUUGCUGCUCAGACUGUGGGAAGAGAUUUACUCAACAGAGUAAUCUCCGAAAACAUCAGCGCAUUCACACAGGAGAGAAACCGUAUCACUGCUCAGACUGUGGGAAGAGUUUUACUGAACAGAGUAGUCUCAAAAAUCACCAGCGCAUUCACACAGGAGAGAAACCGUAUUACUGCUCAGACUGUGGGAAGAGUUUUACUGAACAGAGUACUCUCAAAAAACACCAGCGCAUUCACACAGGAGAGAAACCGUAUUACUGCUCAGACUGUGGGAAGAGUUUUACUGAACAGAGUAGUCUCAAAAAUCACCAGCGCAUUCACACAGGAGAGAAACCGUAUUACUGCUCAGACUGUGGGAAGAGUUUUACUGAACAGAGUAGUCUCAAAAAUCACCAGCGCAUUCACACAGGAGAGAAACCGUAUUACUGCUCAGACUGUGGGAAGAGUUUUACUGAACAGGGGGCUCUCAAAAAACACCAGCGCAUUCACACAGGAGAGAAACCGUAUUACUGCUCAGACUGUGGGAAGAGUUUUACUGACCAGGGUAAUCUCAAAAAACACCAGCGCAUUCACACAGAAGAGAAAACUCCAUCCAUGCAAUUAAAAGUGCAAAUCGUAAAUCUUUCAGACAGAACACCUUAUCCUACACAAAUGUUUCACUUGGGACACGUUCCACCAGAAACAAACAUGAACUGAAUUUAACAAUGGAUUUUACAGAUUCAGCAAAAUGAAUCUUAUCCAGCGAUCAUGUUUAUUUAAUUCCAUGUUAUGUUUUCUUAUAUGCUCGAUAUUCCAGGACAUUCUUUGUGAGACAGAGCUGAGUUUUUAGGGUAGUUACGGUAGGAGUUCAGUUCUGAAGAAUGGAAAAAAACGUAGUCUUUAAAAUUUAGAUGUCAUAGUGAUUAGGAUUCCUAGCUGGCAACUAAAUGUUUAGGACCAAACCUUCCUAGCUUAUGAUUUUAAUGCUUUUAAUCCCUUUUCUAGUAUAUGCAGAUUUGAUUAUUUCUAUUAAUUAAAGUAUCUCUGUUUUCACUCUGUGGAAGCCGUACUCAGUUCCCCGGGCUUAGCAUAGCUUAGCUUAAUGCUCCAGAGGAACUCCAGAGAGUGCUCCCAAAAGUGAGACCCAGAGCCACAGAGAGAGACGACACUGUGUCGGGUACUGCCGUGUGGACCGGAGGAGCAUCCAGACUCUGCAGAGAGGCCAACAAAAUCCUUUCCAGAGGUUAAAUAAAAUGUUCCAGCUGUAGCUUCUAUACUAAAAUCAACCCCCUCCAGGCUUGUGUAGCGCAGUGAGGUUGUGGGCUCAUUCAUUCCCUCUGAUGGUGUUCUCAUUUGUCUAUGGUUCAGUCCGAUUAAAAAUCUGUUCCCAUAGAGGGAUAUUUGGUCGUUGUAUUACUCAAGUUUUAUGCUCUCUUAUCUUUUCCUUAUUGAAUAUUAUAUGUUUUUAAUCUCCAAAAUUUACUAAGAAUAUCCAAAUCAUGUAGUUUCUUAAUUGUUUUUAUCCACUACAAACUAUUAUCUUUGUAUUGCUUCACCUCUAUAUUUACUCAUCUGUGUGUUUUAAUAAAUGGCUUUUAUAUUGCAGAUCUGCAAUCUCAUUGUGUUUUCUCAACAUAUGUUUGACAUGAAACCUAUAGGCCUGAGAUUGUCUCAUGUUAUUAUUUGUUAAAUACUCAAAGGCGCCCAACAGAGAAAUCCAGUGUAAAAUGGAUUUGUGUUGAAGUGAAACAUAACAGUCAAUUUAAGAUUGAAAUUCGGAAAAUAUGUUUUUUUUGUUAUUGGUUCAGGCUUAAAAGGGUUAAAUAUACAAUUACUUCCAAAGGUAGAGUAACAUGUGUUUAAUUUGUUUUCAUGUUUAUAAAGGUUUUUUUUUUAUGUGAA